UAUAACCUAAAGGGUUUACUUCUUUUUAGUAUUUUCACGGAGAAGCAACUCCCUGAGUAAGAAUCUUCAACUCCACAAGAGUCAAGAUCUAACGUUUGACGAUCAUCUCCAAAAUGUAUUCCAAACAUCAGCGAUAUGAAGGAAUCAAGAGGAACUAUACCCCAGAAACUGUUGAAAGACUGCGAGGUUCUUUAAAGAUCGAGCACACUUUGGCGAAGCGAGGCACGAUGAAGCUCUGGAAUUACUUGACUCGUGGAGGAAAUUCUUACAUAAACGCAAUGGGAGCCCUUACAGGUGGUCAGGCAGUGCAGAUGGCCAAAGCCGGGUUAAAAGCUAUCUACCUGAGUGGCUGGCAAGUUGCUGGGGAUAACAAUCUAGCUGCACAGACCUAUCCAGAUCAGAGUUUGUAUCCUGCCAACUCAGCACCUAAACUAGUGGAGCGUAUCAACAAUGCCUUCAUUAGGGCAGACCAGAUUGCACACAUGGAGGGAACUGAAAAGCACAUUGACUACUUUCUGCCUAUUGUUGCCGACUGUGAAGCUGGAUUUGGAGGACCACUGAACGCAUUUGAACUCACUAAGUCUAUGAUUGCAGCUGGUGCUGCCGCAGUCCAUUUUGAAGAUCAGCUGGCUUCAGAAAAGAAGUGUGGCCACAUGGGAGGAAAGGUGCUUGUGCCAACUCAACAGUUCAUUAAGGUGUUGAAUGCUGCUCGAUUGGCUGGUGAUGUAUUGGAUGUCCCUAUUGUCAUUGUUGGCCGCACUGAUGCUAACUCUGCUGCCCUAGUCACAUCAGAUAUCGACCCAUAUGACAGGCCUUUCCUGACUGGAGAGAGAACGCCAGAGGGUUUCUUCCGUGCUAAAGCAGGUUUAGAUCAAGCCAUUGCUCGAGGACUGGCCUAUGCACCCUACUGUGAUGUUAUCUGGUGUGAAACUGGCAAGCCAAAUCUACAAGAAGCAAGGAGAUUUGCUGAUGCCAUCCAUGCACGUUAUCCUGGAAAAAUUCUGGCAUACAACUGUUCUCCAUCAUUCAACUGGAAGGCCAAUCUCAGUGAUGCAGAGAUUGCUGUGUUUCAAAGAGAACUCGGCAAAAUGGGUUAUCGAUUUCAGUUUGUUACAUUGGCAGGAUUUCACUCACUUAAUCAUGCCAUGUUUAAGCUUGCCCGUGAUUAUAGAGACAAUGGCAUGUCUGCCUACACUAAGAUCCAAGAAGAUGAGUUUGCACAAGCUAAAUAUGGUUUCACUGCUCAUAAACACCAGAGAGAGGUGGGCACAGGGUAUUUUGACAAGGUUUCCAUGGCAAUCAGUGGUGGAACAAGCUCCACAACAGCACUGAAAGGAUCAACGGAAGAGGAGCAGUUCACCCAAAAACCAGCAUUUGCAUUGGCUAAACUUUAAGGCUGCAUUUAUGAACAUUACAAACUUUCACAAACAAAUAAAUGUCUGCAGGGACCUUUAAGUAGUUUAGUUUCACUCAAAAUUUACUGUUAGUGGCUUUGUUCCUACCUAGUAAUGCCUCUUCUUUCACUGUUUUUAUUUCAGUCUAUUUUCAUUUCACGUUAACACAGGAAUAUGUUUUGUGAGAAACCAUAUAGACUGCAUUUCAAUUUCAUUUGAUCAGGAGAAUAAAGUUAAUAUUAGCUGAUUCUUCGCCUCUUUGUCAAUGACAAAUGUCUAAAAACAAUGUUAUUAAUUUAAACUAAUUAUGUCCUCAACAGGAAUAUCAUUAUGUUGUUUGUUACUUAUGCUUUCAUAAGGAAUUGUAUCUUGACAUAAUACAGCUAUCAAUACAUUCAUUUCAAGCCUCUCAA